AUGGCCAGAGUCACCAGAAAAUGGGAAAUGUUCCCUGGUCGAAACCGAUUCUGCUGUGACGGUAGGCUCAUGAUGGCCCCGCAUGCGGCAGUGUUCUAUAUCAAUGUGGUCCUCAUCAUUGGUACGAGCGUCCUUUUCUUUGUAUUCGACUGUCCAUACCUUAGCCGUCGCGUGACUCCUGUCAUUCCAAUUAUUUCAGGAGUUUUAUUUCUCUUUGUCAUUGGCUCGUUGUUCAAAACUAGUUUCACAGAUCCAGGUAUUAUUCCUAGGGCAACUGAUGACGAAGCUGCUUACAUUGAGAAACAAGUUUACAUUAGUAUACCAAACAAUGGAGGAACACCCACUAUACGACCACCCCCAAGAACUAAAGAGGUGGUCAUCAAAGGCAAUUCAAUCAAGUUAAAAUAUUGUGUAACAUGCAAGAUUUUUAGACCACCAAGAGCUUCCCAUUGUAGUUUAUGUAACAAUUGUGUUGAAAAUUUUGAUCAUCACUGUCCAUGGGUAGGAAAUUGUGUUGGUCGUCGGAACUACAGGUUUUUCUAUAUGUUUAUUGUUUGUUUAUCUUUACUUAUCAUCAUCGUGUUCAUUGGAGCAGUACUACAUUUAUUUUAUUUGUCUGAAAAUAGAUUAAUGGUAGAUGCCAUUUCUGAAUCACCUACUAGUGUAAUAGUAGUAAUUAUUACAUUCUUCAGUUGUUGGAGCGUUAUUGGAUUGGCUGGAUUUCAUACAUUUCUUGCUGCAUCCAACCAAACAACUAAUGAAGAUAUUAAAGGAUCUUUUGCCAGUCGAACAGGACGGCCAAAUUCCAAUCCAUAUAGUCGAGGUAACAUCUGUGCCAAUUAUUGUUAUGUAUUGUGUUCUCCUCGUCCUCCAAGUCUUUUAGAUAGACGUGGUGUGGUUUUAUCAUUAACAGAUUCUAAAUCAUUGAACAAAAGUCAGAGUAGAGAUACAGUGAUAUCUAAUAAAGGGUUUGAUGUUUCUGAUGCACCUGUUAACCAAAACGGAAAAACAAAUACUGAUGAAAUACAAUUGCAUCAAUAUGGUUCAUCUAGUAUGUUACAACCAGAUAGCUUAGACCACAAUCAACACACAUUUGCAACUUCGAUGCCAAGUAUCAAUCAUUCACAAAAUAAUCAUGUUCAUCAAAGUCAUAUUAUAAAUGGUGUGAAAUUCAACAAAAGUGUAACUUCAUUGGCUAACACAUUUAAUGAUACUGGCAUUUACGAGACUAUUGAACCAAGUCGAUUAGAUCCAGAUCUAGAUUUAGAUGAUGGGUCAAAAACUAUAUCGGGUGCUCCUCCACUGAGUGCUAGUCGGCUACAACUACUUCAAGACACGACAAUGAUAGAAUCAGCCUUAGACCUAGAUUCAUUAGAAGAUGCAUCAUCAGUUGGUACUGGUAGCCAAGUAAAAUUGGUUAAAAACAAAAACACUUUAUGACUAAAUUAGAUCGAAGAAAAUUAAUUAUGUACCUGUUAAUUUUUGUAGUCAUACAUAAAUAAGAAAUUCCUUAUGGCGUUGAGGCACUUAUUAAGAAAAUUUAUAUAUUCUUUUAUCGUGACUUAAAAAUAAAAUUAGUGGCAAUAUUGUUAUUUACUACCAAUUGACUGCCCAAUCAAAUUGUUUUAGGAUUAACAAUUUUAAUAUUAUUAAAUAAGUGCCUUUUGCUUUGUUUUUUAUUCUAAUUAGGUCCUAAAACGAUAUCCUAACAUUUUUUAAGUAUUUAUUUUCAUUACUAA